GAGUAACAUGAAAUACCACCAGCAGGCAAACUAAACCAUUCACAUGGACAUCUUUAAUGAAUGGCCUAUUACAACAACACUACUCCUCUCCAUCUUCUCCAUACUUGUAUACAAUAUUCUAAGAUCCAAUAUGCCAUCCAAGGCUAAGCUUCCCCCAAGCCCUCCAAAGCUUCCUAUACUCGGAAACUUGCACCAACUUCUCGGUAAACCUCGUCACGAGGCCCUUUGGCAACUUUCGAAACAAUAUGGACCGAUUAUGCAAAUCCAUAUUGGUUCAAAACAUUUCCUUAUCAUCUCUUCUCCUGCCAUGGCCAAACAAAUCAUGAAAACCCAAGAUCAUAUAUUUUGUUCCCGCACAUAUUUGAAGGCUUCGGAACAACUAACAUACAACUUUAAGGACAUUGCCUUCUCGCCACACAGUGCCCACUGGAGGGAGAUGCGCAAGAUUUUGGUGUCGGAGUUCCUAGGCCCCAAGAGAGCUAAAUUGUCUAAACGUGUGUUGGUGACAGAAACGGAGAGCAUGAUUCGUGCUCUUUCAUUACAUCCACCAAACACUGAGGUAAACCUAAGCAGUAUGUUGUUUGAAAUAGUAAAGCAGAUGGUGUGUAAGGUGGCGUUUGGUACAAACUAUAGACAACAACCACUCAAGGGCCCGUCAUUGGAUGCGAUGAUUGAUGAAGCCAACGAGCUACUGAAUGGAUCUAUUGGUGAUUCCUUUCCAUAUAUAGGUUUUCUCAUUGACCAAUUUAGUGGAUGGAAUCGUAGGCUGGAUGAUGGGUUUAGAAAUCUUGAUGCGUACAUUGACACAAUCAUUAAUGAUCAUCUCAAAGAUAACCUUGAAGAAAUAAGUGAGGAGGACAAAGAUUUUGUCCAUACAUUACUUGACAUGUCCAAAGAAAAUGCAUCUGGCUACAGACUAACUAACGCAGAUUUAAAAGCUCUUGUAAUGGACGUACUUACUGGGGGAAUAGAUUCAACUGUUCUGACCUUGACAUGGUUAAUGUCCGAGAUCAUGAAAAAUCCUAGAGUGAUGCAAAAGUUGCAAAGUGAAAUCCGAAAUUGCGCAAGAGGAAUACAAAGCGUACAAGAUAUGAAUACCACAAAAAUGACAUACUUGAAAAUGGUGGUGAAGGAGUCACUAAGAUUGCACACGCCUGCGCCUUAUUUGAUUCCACAUGUAAGCUUAAGUCAUACUCAAGUUAGUGGUUAUGAUGUCUUUCCAAGUACGAUUGUUCUAAUAAACGCCUGGGGAAUAGCAAGAGACCCAAGCGUUUGGGGGGAGAACGCUGCUGAGUUCUAUCCAGAGAGGUUUGAAAAUCAUGAUGGUGAUAUUGGAUGGGAUAGGUUUGAUAUGCUCCCGUUUGGAGGGGGGCGAAGGUCCUGCCCAGCUAAGAACACAGCUCCGGCAAAUGUAGAAUUCGUGAUUGCAAACCUUCUGUAUUGGUUUGAUUGGGGACCUCCUAGUGGAAUGAAGAGUGAAGAUUUGAACAUGGAAAACAAGGGUAUCCCGGUUCUUAAAAGGAAAGUUCCCCUUCGCCUUGUACCCACAAAGCAUAAUUAAGCCUUUAUCAAGUACUCGUGUUAUAUGGUAAACAAAUUAAAUAAACACCAACAGAGAGGUUGAGUGAUAGAAAUAAUGUACUUGAGUUAUUGUAUGUUUGGAUUUCCUUGAUAUAUAUAUAUAUAUAUAUAUAUAUAUAUAUAUAUAUAUAUCAUCUGGCUUAUUGAUCCUUUGAUGAUCGGUGAUGUUCUUUGUAUUCCAUCUGGCUACUUGCAUUUACGUAUGAUAAUGGCUCCUUUUUUGUUUA